UGAACGAAUCGCUAGAUUGGCAACAACUUUUCGGAUAUGAAUACCCGAUGCAUACACUUCAAUUCAGUCUAGCAAGUUGUACGCGUGGAUAAUCAAUCAGUUCCAAACAUGGCUGGGAAGGAUGAGGAAACACCCAAUCUGGCCGACGCUAAUCCCCCUGCUCCAUCGGGAUCGGCGAACGUCACCAACCCCGCCACUUCGGGGGCCGGUGAGGCUGGACAGCUCGUAGAGAAAACUGAAGCCCAGCUGAAGAAAGAAGCGAAGAAGGAAGCUCAAAGACAGGCAAAGUUGGAGAAGUUCAAGCAAAAACAAGAAAAGCAAGCUCAACAAGCUCAACAGGAGAAUAAGAGUGGAGAGGGCAAGAAGGAUAAGAAGAAGAAAGUAGAAAAAGUUGCAAUCGUGUAUGACAAGAAUACCCCUCCUGGAGAGAAAAAAGAUGUGAGUGGGGCCCUUCCUGAUUCCUACAGCCCUGCCUAUGUAGAAGCAUCCUGGUAUUCAUGGUGGGAAAAACAGGGCUUCUUCAAGCCGGAAUACGGAGGCAGAGAUUUGAAGAAUCUGAAGGAGGAUGAGCUUUUCAUGAUCUGCAUUCCACCUCCCAAUGUAACUGGCUCUUUGCAUCUUGGUCACGCCCUGACGAACGCCGUGGAAGAUGCUCUGGUCAGAUGGAACCGGAUGAAAGGCAAGGCGUGUCUAUGGAACCCUGGGUGCGAUCAUGCAGGCAUUGCAACUCAGGUCGUGGUUGAGAAGAAGCUGUGGAGAGAGAAGAAACUCACCAGACAUGAUCUUGGCAGAGACAAGUUUAUAGAGGAGGUCUGGCAAUGGAAAAAUGAGAAAGGAGGUAGGAUCUACGAUCAGCUCCGAACCCUAGGAUCAUCCAUGGACUGGGACAGGGCAUGCUUCACCAUGGAUCCCAAGCUCUAUAGCGCUGUCCAGGAAGCCUUCGUACGAAUGCAUCAGAACGGGACCAUCUACCGUAGUAACCGUCUCAUCAACUGGUCCUGUACCCUCAAGUCCGCCAUCUCAGAUAUUGAAGUCGAGAAGAAGGAAUUGACUGGGAGGACCUACCUCGCUGUGCCUGGCUAUGAACAGAAGAUAGAGUUUGGAGUCCUGGUUGAUUUUGCUUACAAGGUCGAGGGUUCUGAUGAGGAGCUGGUUGUUGCUACCACUCGUAUUGAGACGAUGCUGGGUGAUUCAGCCGUCGCUGUCCAUCCCGACGAUGACCGCUACAAGCAUCUCCAUGGGAAGCGGGUUGUGCAUCCAUUUAGGAACUGCUCCUUGCCAAUCCUCUGUGAUGACUUUGUGGAAAUGGGAUUUGGAACAGGUGCUGUGAAGAUUACACCAGCUCAUGAUCACACCGAUUACCUGGUCGGCAAGCGUCACGAUCUAGAGUUUCUCAAUGUGAUCGAUGAUGAUGGUAACAUCACUGAAGUUGGAGGACAAUUCAAGGGUAUGAGGCGGUUUGAUGCAAGACGAGCUGUCCUAGAAGCACUGAAGGAAAAAGAUUUGUACAGGGGCACAAAGCCAAAUCCUAUGGUGGUCCCGACCUGCAGUCGUUCCAAGGACAUCGUUGAGCCCCUGCUGAAGUCUCAGUGGUUCGUAGACUGUCGUGAGAUGGCCAGGAGGGCAGUAGAAGUAGUAGAGGACGGUACACUGAAGAUCAUCCCUGAGAUGCACAAGAAGACCUGGUAUUCUUGGCUCAGGAACAGCAGAGACUGGUGCAUCUCUAGACAGCUAUGGUGGGGGCAUCGUAUCCCAGCAUACUUUGUGACAAUUAACGAUCCCAGUGUUCCUGCUGGAGAGGAAACGGAUAACAACUAUUGGAUCUCCGCUCUGAGCCAGGAAGAAGCCAAGCGGAAAGCCGCAGAACGUUUCAAGGUCACAGAAGACAAGAUCUCUCUCGAACAAGAUGAAGACGUUUUGGAUACCUGGUUCUCGUCUGGUAUAUUCCCAUUCUCCAUCUUCGGAUGGCCAAACCAGACGGAUGACCUGGCGGCCUUCUACCCCGGUACGCUCCUAGAGACCGGCCACGACAUCAUAUUCUUUUGGGUCGCUAGGAUGGUGAUGAUGAGUCUAACACUGAACGACGUCCUCCCGUUCACAGAGGUCUACCUGCAUGCCAUGGUACGCGAUGCUCAUGGCAGGAAGAUGAGCAAGUCCCUUGGCAAUGUGAUUGAUCCGGUCGAUGUCAUCAAGGGGAUUACCCUUGAGGAGCUUCACAAAAUCUUGGAGCAGGGCAACCUGGAUCCCAAGGAGGUGGAGAAAGCCAAGAAGGGCCAGAAGGAGGACUAUCCCAACGGGAUCCCUGAAUGUGGAACAGACGCUCUUAGGUUUGCCCUCUGCGCCUACACCUCACAAGGUCGAGAUAUCAACCUGGAUGUACUGCGUGUACAAGGCUAUCGUUUCUUCUGCAACAAGAUGUGGAAUGCUACCAAGUUUGCCAUGAAUGCACUCGGAGAUAACUUUGUCCCAAGCCCCGCCUUUCAGCUGAGUGGCAGCGAGACUCCGGUAGACAUGUGGCUCUUGAGUCGACUAUCGGCGGCUGUUAAGGUAUGCGAGCAGGGCUGGCCAGUGUAUGACUUCCCUGCCAUCACCACUGCAAUCUAUGCCUUCUGGCUUUAUGAUCUAUGUGACGUCUACCUGGAAUAUACCAAGCCCCUACUCCAGACCCCUGAUGCUCCCCAGCUGGGCGUGGUCCGUCAGAUCCUCUACACCUGUCUGGAUGCCGGUCUCCGCCUCAUCAGUCCCAUCAUGCCCUUCAUCUCGGAGGAGCUCUACCAGAGGCUACCCAGGAGGACCUCCAAUGAACGCCCUAGCAUCUGUGUUACCCCCUACCCUCUUGCCCAAGAUUAUCCCUGGUUCAGUGAAUCUCUUGAGAAGGACGUAGAGUUUGUUCAGAGCAUCAUCAACAAAGCCAGGUCAUUGAGGUCGGACUAUCAGCUCAACAAAGAAAAGGCUGAAUUAUACCUGAAAUGCUCCGACCAAGACAUUGCCACGUUGCUGACACCUUACACUGACACCAUCCAAACACUAACAACAUCUUCCAAGGUCAUCCUCCAAGUCAAAGAUGCACUUCCUGCUGGUUGCGCCAUGGCAACCGUCUCCGACAAGUGUGAAGUUCACAUGCUCCUCAAGGGUUUGGUCGAUCCUAGCAAAGAGCUUGCCAAGCUGAAGCAACGGCAGACUAACCUGACCAAUCAGAAGGACCGUCUCCAGAAGGCCAUGGAGGUCGAUGGUUACCUGACCAAGGUUCCACAGAAGGUCCAAGAGUCCAACUCAGAAAAGCUUUCUCAGACUGUGAAUGAGAUUGACACUAUAACAGAAGCCAUCAGGAUGUUUGAAUCUCUUUCAACCUCAUAACCUUUGACCUGUUACAUCAAUGGAUAUUUGAUGCAAUUGGGUUUAGAUAAGUUCUUGUAUUCCAGGUCACUUUCUGUGUCAUGUAUUUAAUGCCAGGUGUCAUAUAAUCAUAAUUGUCACUGAAGAGACUGAAAAAAUACCCUCGGGCAGAUACAGUACCGCCAUUGGGAAACUUAACCCUCAAAUAGACUUCUUAUAAAACAGGGUGGUAAUAAAUAACACACGUUGCUCCUGAAAUUCUUUAAUAAUGAAACUUGAUGUUUAUAUUAUACAUUAAGAAUGUGUAUCUGUUCCAACCCUAAAUCCCCCCUUUUAUUUUUACACCUUUGGGUGGCUAAAGUACACUGUAAUACCUGAAUGUAGAAAAUUGUUUGAAGUACCCUGUCGUGUGGGUUUUUAAGCCCAGGUGAGACAUGCCUUUUUCCUAUAGCUCUAGACCCUGGUUCAGAAAACUUUUCAUUGAUUACAAAAUUAUAGAAAUUGAAAGAAGCAACUAAAAUAUCUGCUUCUGAUUGGCUGUGAGAAGUUUUGUUAUAGAAUUGUGGCCAUUCUUAUUUGCUGUAAUUUUUUAAUUGUAUGAAACAGAUCAGAAAUUUGUAGAAGAUCAUGUGUCAAGAAUUCUUAACAAGAGGUUUUGUGAAUAUUGUAUUCUUUAGUAUCGCCAUAAGUAAGAGCUGAAGAUUUGAGUAAUCCAUUUUCUUCAAAAUGCUGAAUUUAUUGAAAAGUCACUGUUGCAAUUCAGUCAGCACUCAAUUGCAUUAGUCAGCAAUUAAAUGAUGUACCUAAGUUGUUUAUUGAUUCCAAAUCACCAUAUUAUCGAGUAUCAUACUCAUCGUAUCUAAAUUAAUUCAAAAGAAUAACCCACUCUUUAAUUUUCUUCUAGAUUAUGCAAAAAAUGCUAGCCUUUUAAAUAUAAGUGGAGGUUCAUAGUGUCUUCAGCAGUGUCCUGUGUCUUUAAUGCAUGCAGGUUCUUGGUGAUGACACUGCCAAAUUAACUUGUUACAGAUUUUAAACAACAUGCCAGAUAUUGUGUACUUAUACAGCUGUGCCAUAUCACAUAUCAGUGAUAAUGUUUACCAAAUAUGUGUGAUGUUUAUGUGGAAUGAUGUACAUGAAUUGUUGCUAUUAUCAUCAAACUGAUAGUCUUUCUACAGACCUUCAUGAUAGACUGCAUAACCCAAAGAAAAGAUGAAGAAGAAGACAUUUAGAAUAUUAAUAGACGUUAUUAAUCAUCUUUAAUAGUUCAUAUACUUAAUUUUUUUUUUAAUUUAAUCUUUUUGAGGGGAAAAGAAAUAUGUACUUAAAGUAUAUGGCAUAAUACAAAUAGUUACAUUUGUUGAUAUUUCUUAUCUAGUCAGUUUCGAUGAUUAAAUGAUGUCAUAUUUUGUAAUUCAUUUAAUUAACCCCCAAUGCUAUAUAAACAUGUAACUCUGCAAUAUGUAUCUCACGACAAAAGAUUUUUUUAAGAGCCUCUCUAUACGACCAUUGAAUAAGGGUGCUUUCUGGUGUCACUCAUGUUAUUCAUGUCAAUUUAGAUAAAGAGAUUUUUUAUUUGUGGAUGAAAUAUUUUAUUAAAUAUCUUGUGUUGUAUGGGACACAUUAAACAGAAUCGUGCUAUAUAAAGUAAAUUAAAAAAAUGAAAAGUAAUUUUUUUUAAAAAUUAAUAGCAGUACCAUUUGAAUUCAAUCUUUCUAUCGAAUAUCUCUUCCACACUUUACAUACAUGAUGCUAACAAUUUCUUUCAUUCGAUUCUUAGAAUAUAUGAUUUAAAGUGUUUUCUUGACAGUUAUUUCAUUCCAGUCUCUUACAACAUUCUUGGUGGAGGGUAAGAUUUUAUUUUUUCGGUGGGGGUUUGAGAAAUAGAAAAUGGUAUGAAUUUUAAGAUUGAAAUCUCCCUUAUCAUAAUUAAUGUACACAUAAAGGUGGGUUAGAAGAGAUGUACUGUAAAGUUUAUUGUAAGAAAUUGUAAGAAACUCCUACUACAUGUACCAUUAAGUAAACCUGUGAUGCAAUAUUUCAAGCGGCACCAAAUGUUCCAACUGCUUCAUGAAGUAAUUUGUGUUCCAUAUACAAUAUAUUUCAGUUGUAGAUACAUACAUGUGGUCAUGUUAUAUACGGUAGAUAAGAUCUUUAAAUGGACG